UUGUACAUUAUAAAUAAUCAAUUAAUUAACAACAAAGAAAUAAUAUAAAUAUUCAAUUAAUGUGCAAACAUGUGUUAGAUUUUUUAUACCCUUUUCUAGUGUUCUAGUUUUCUUUGACCUUUGCUUUUCUCUUUGUUCAUUAAUUGUUUGGAUAUCAUUAGACAAGAUGGAAAUAAUGGUGCGACAAAAGAUUAUGCGUCUAAUAUGUUGAUGUUUACUCAAACUAUUAACUUUGCAUUCAUCUUGAAAAUGAUGAUCGGAGUACUUUCAAACACCAAUGAAUUGUAUGCGGCAUUGUAAAGGAAAGAACAAGAUAUAGUGAAUGGUGUGCACUAUGUUCGUGGAAAAAGUUUAGAUUACAAGACACAAAGGAUAAUUAAUGGGAUUGGGUUUCCGGCCCUGAUACGGCAGUAUGAGCAACAACUUUGGGAAUGAACUUCUCUGCCUAAAAACAAUUCGCCCAUCAUCCCUGGGACUACCACUCCGCCCCCUGCCCAGGAAAUGAUGGAUGGGGCUGUCUAUCUAUGGGAUGGGUCUACCAAAAGUGAAUCACACUCGGCAGGGGAUGGUUAUCUUGACCCCUGCUAGGGAAAUCCUUUUGGUUCAAGGGGUCCAGUUUGAAGGCUUAGAUGAUCCAAUGGUGGCAGAAUUGCUUACUCUUAGUGAUGCCGUUUCUUGGGUCAGGAACCUUUGUUUUAUGGAGAUGAGAUUUGAAGGUGAUGCCAAAAUGGUGAUUGAGAAGAUUUUGCAGCGUGAUACUCGGGAUAACCAAGUGGGAGCUAUAACUUCUCCUGUUUCAACCUAACUCGAGAGUUCCAGCUCGUGAGUUAGUAACCCCUCCAAAAUUGGCCCAAAGGUUGCACCCAACAAGAAAUCCAAUAAGAAACACAAAAAGAGAUAGCCCAUUCCAGCAGCUAAAUGGUAAGCCCAUAAUCCAGUUUGGGAGGCCGACCUCUGUACUUCAUAUUUUCAUAUUUUGCUCUCUCUCUCUCUCUCUCUCUCUCUCUCUCUCUCUCUCUCUCUCUGUUUUCCUGUCCGGUGCCCAUUUCUCCGCAUAUGGAAUGAAGUGGAACGAAAGCAGAGCAGAUGCAGAGCACCCAAGUGUACCGUACAAUGAUGCUAAUCACACUUAAGCGUCGCAAUCUCCAUUAAUGAUUUGCACAGCAUAAUCUAAUCCCAUUCUACUACAGCUAAUUGCGUCUGGGUGAAGAGUCAAGAACAUAGAUACGCUGAGAUUCUACGACCUGAGGAUAAGCUGCUACACUUUCUCACUCGUCCCCUGAAAUGCCGUCGGUGGAAGGGGAAAUUGGGAAGCUAAGUUCAAUGUAUAUAACAUCCAUCGCAAAAUACUAUACUUAGUCGAGAGAGAGACAGUAAUCUUCGUGUUAACCAAGACAGGGAUACGAGAAUCAGCCUUUAUUGUUAUACAAAUACUGUAAUGCAGAAACAGAGCAUUAGAAAUUUAGAAUUGGAGAAAGGGAAGAAGAAAAAAAAAAAUGAAGUGGCCUCUGGGUUUAGCAAAAUUCAAGGUUGUCUGUCUGGGAUGCAAAAGGCAGCGACCAUGCCUGACCACGUGGGAGUAUGUCUUCCUUUCACGCUACAGCGUUAGUGAUAUUAAUAUGAUUGUGAUCUUUUUUUUCUCUUCCAAGUUCAGUGUAAAAGGACAACAAGAGAGGAAACAACAAACUCGAGUUGUUGGGAGAGGUUCAAUCGUGGAUCAUAUACCACAACACUAACACGCCUCCUCAAACGAAAGCCACCCACAAGGGCUUGAAGUUUGCACAGGUCUGAAGACAAGAAUACCAUGUGCUUAAUAAAUGGGGGUCACCGGGAAUCGAACACAAGACCUCUCGGUCACAGAAGGCUCUGAUACCAUGUCAUGAACCAGUUGCUCCCAAUAACUCGAGUUGUUGGAAGAAGGUUAUGCUGGAUCUUAUACAGGUCCGUGUGUGGUGCUUAACCACUUCCUUACACGCCCCCUCAAACGAAAGCCGACUCAUGGGCUUGAAGUUUGCACAGGCCCGCCAUACCAUGUGCUUGAAGACAACGGUUAAUAUUGGAGGUCGUGAGGACUUGAACAUGUGACCUCAAGGACAAACCAGCUCUGAUACCAUGUCAUGAACGAGUUGCUCCCUAUAACUCGAGUUGUUGGAAGAAGGUUAUGCUGGAUCUUAUACAGGUCCGUGUGUGGUGCUUAACCACUUCCUUACAGUUCGCACAGGCUUAUCAUGCCAUUUGGUUUAAAACAACGGUUCAUAUUAGGUGUGGUGAGGAUUUGAACACGUGACCAAAAUGACAAACCAGCUUUGAUACCAUGUCAUACCUAACUGGUUUGGCCAAGAGGUCACGUGUUCUGAUCUCCACGACCCCCUAAUAUUAACAGUUGAUUAAAACACAAGGUACAGUGUGCCUGUUCAAACUUCGCGCUCGUGGGUAGCCUAUCGUUUGAGGGCACGUGUAAGAAAAUGAUAUAUGAUCCAUAUGUUGAAUCCAACUGAUUUACGAUAAUAAGUGCCAGCCAAACAACGCCUUGCUUUUGCAUGGCAUCAUGCUCCAUUGUUCUUGCUACCUAGCUUCCUUCCUAUCAUUUUGGGUAUCUUAUUAUCUUCCUAUAAACAAAACUCACAAAUCAGAUUUGAUCAUUGAUUAACUUAGUGGGUUUUGUUUCUUUUCUUUCUUUCUUUGUUUCUUUCCUUUUGAAUAGGUUUUCCUAGGUUGAAGUGUAGGAGAGAUCAAAAUCAUUGGAAAUUUUGUGUCUGGUUUUUGGGUAUGGGGUGUGGUGGUUCAUGUAUACAAUUACAAAGGAAUGGCUCAUGCAUUGUCAUUGACCCUACCCAACAUCACCCAUAUACUCACCACCACCACACCCACAAUUAUGUCUUCUCUUUUCAUCCUCAUGGGCCAAGCUAAUGCCCCCAUUUGAAAACACUGCACUUUUUACUCCAUCAUUAUGCAUAAUUGCAUAUGCUUUGUUACCAUCUAUUUUUUUUUUAUACUUAUUGUUCAACUCCAACUAGGAGGAGGAGGGGGAAAACAUCCUAAUAAACAAAAACUCACUUCAUGCACAUUUGAAUUUUGACACCAACAACCAUUUGUGAAAUAAACAAAUAAAAUAAAAUGAGAGGAAUUGAUCGGCUGAUCUACCAUCCAAUUGUGGCCCCAUUUAGUACAAAUUUGUUGCUGAUAUGGUUGCAGUAUAAUUGUAACAACAAAAUAAAGGCACAACCACAACACCAUGAGAAUGAAAAACAAAAACACGUUUAAUAUCAAUGUUGAGAGACUUAAAUGAAAGCAGGAAAAUAACGGGAGGAAUAAUGUGUCAUGAUGAGAUAUGAGAAAAUUGAGAGACAAGUAUGAAUAAUAUUGGCAAUAAUAUUUCUAGGAUGAGCUAUGGAGAAAUGGAGAGGGAAAAAAAAUGUAAAAAUUGAGUCUAGCGAAAUUUGGUCAUAGAUGCUUCGAAUGAAAUUAUUACAACAACUUAUAUUAUCUCACAAGAAAUUGCUUUCGGGACAACAAUGACGCUACUUAAAGUUGUUUUCUCUAUGUUCAUCUAUGUGUUGUCACAAGGUUGUCAAACCGGUUUAUGCCAGUGUGUCGGUUUAGCAAGUGGAAUGGUUCAACCGGUGGCACAUACCGGUUUGUGCCGGUUCAUGACGGUCAAUAUUACUAUUAAAAUUAUAAAUACUCAUAUUUAAACAUAAAAUUUAACGUCAAUACCUAAGCAUUUAUACUUGAAUCCAACAAAUAACAUCAAUAUUUAAUUUUUGUACUCAUAAAAUAAAUAAUAAAAUAAUUUUUAUCAAUUAAAUUCUCUAAAAUAAAGUCAUUUUACUUAGAGAUUCGUAUAUCGAUCAUGCCGGUCAUACCGGUAAUGUCACGCCGGUUUUAUGACCGGUACCGGUUAAACCCGAUACAACCGGUGGCACGCCGGCCGGCGUGACAACCACUUGUCAACUUUUGUUGUCUUUUUAUAACCCUCUCCAAUGACCACAAUUCAAAUCCAUCAGACUAAACUUUUCUAACCUCUCGUUCAAUCUUCUUGCUCUGCCACUAAUCAACGAAAUGCAAGACA